UUGCCAUAUGGGAAAGUGGGAAGGGCUCAAUUACUCACUCACUCAAUCAAUCAAUCCCUGCCGCUCAUCCAGGUUUAGAGCAAAAAAAAAAUCAAGAAAUUCCAAUUCUUUGAUUGUCCAUUGGCUUGGCUGUUUUCCCGUGGAUUGAAAUUGUAGACAGAGAUCAUGCUAGGUUAUGUCAUGCAAUGCAGGUGAUGCCAGGAUUUGCCUGGGCACGCAGCAGGAGAUUUGGGAUGUAUAGACUUGAUCGCGAAGUUUCUCACCGGUUUUUGUGUUGCGCGCUCUAUCAAGUUUCUCCCUCUGGGUUUUGCCUCCCAGGAAUUCUUAUGAGAGUGUCUUUGUUGUUAUUGUUGUCGGUGUGUUUGUGUCAUCAGGAGGAUCGUCAUGGGACCAUAUGGACGCUGUGCCAUCGGGAUGGGGAGACAAAUAUCUGGCGGAAGGGCAGAAGUGAUAGCACGACUCCCAUGGUCAUAACAAUAACAAUAACGAUAACAACCAAGGAAUGGCGGGAAGAAUGAAUGAAGCACAAACGAACGAGUCGCACUGGAAAGUCAUCAUGGACGGACGGGGGAAAUAGGGAAAGAACGUAAAGUCACGUUGCCGUGAUUGGCUCCAUUUGGCAAGAGGCCGGGCAUCAAUCCGUCACUUCUUUCCUGUUCGGU